CCACAUGAAUAUGGCAACGUCCUUUCGUUUUUAUGACGGAACUAAUUUUAAAUAUGCUAGUUGACAUGUUAUUGUGCAUCAAGGUAUAAGUUAAUUAGAACUUGUAAUUAUGAAAUUAAGCUAUUAUAAAAAAAUUCUUAAUAGAUACCGAGAACUGAAAAAAAGGGAUUGCAUAGAAGAACUAGUCGCUGAAUUUGCCGAUGUAUCUGAAGAAACUUUGGAAAAUAUUGUAUUCCAAGAAUGUCAAAGGAAAACUAAAGCUAAAUUUCAUGUUAUUCGAUCCAAUAUAGAGCAGUAUUAUCAUUGGUAUUUGGAACAAACCAUCAAAAACCGAAAAGAAUGUGGAUUUCUUUUGAAACUUGCUGAUGAAAUUGAUUUUAGCCCUGCAUUAAUGGCAAAAAUGAUUUUUGAACAUCAUAUGACAUCUAAUGGAAAAGAAUGCUCGAAGGAUGAAAUUUCUGAAAUGCUAAAGAAUACAUCAUUAAUAAAAGAUUUGCAUCUUGGUGCUGAAAUAUCAAUGUGUAAUGUGCAUGAUAAAGUAUAUGGCCCUAUUUCUGAUAUGUGGAAGAGGUAUU